AUGAAUUACCAUCAUGAUUCAUUUCAAGCAUCACCAAAAUCUUCAAUCACUUAUGAUGAAUCAUUUCAAAUAUUAAAAUCAAGAAACAUGAGAAAACCAACAAUUCAAAAUGAAGAUAUUGUUCAACAAUUGGAGAAUUUUAGAUUUCCAAAAGCAUAUAGCAUUACACCAAAGCUGAUUACAACUCCAUGUAAAGAAAAAGAGGAAGAAGAGGUAGAAGAUAUUAUUCCAAUUUCACCAACUCAUAUUUCAACUGAAGGAUUUAGAAGAAUAUCUAGUGGUUCAAUGAUGAGUAAUUCAAAUCAAAUUCCAACUGGUCAAAGAUUAAGAAGAUAUUCACAUAGAAGAUCAGAAGCUGUUAGUGGUGCAUCAAGUGAUGAUUCAUUAUUUAGUAACUUGUGUUCAACUUCAAAGACAUUAACUCGUGAUACAAGUAUUCAUUCAAAUAAUUCAGUUAGUAUAACUCCAACAAAGUUGGAAUUUGAAGACAUAAGUAUAAGUAGAAAAUCAUCAUUUAGAGGUAAUUUGAAAACAUCCACAGUUGGUACCAAACAACCAAUUAUUGAUUUAGAUGUUGCUUCCAAACCAUUACAACCUCGCUUAGGUUCACCACUCCCUAUUCAAGCAUUCCCUCAAUAUCAUGGUGAAGUUGUUGAAUUUAAUUUCCAAGAUGAGAAUUUUAUAUCUGAAGAAGAGGAAGAAGAAGAAGAAGUUGAAACUAAAGAAGAUAGUCAAAAUCAAGAUCAAGAUCAAAAUCAAGUUCAAGAUGAAGAUGAAUCUAAAGAAGAUGAUCAUUUAAGCCUUUUUGAAUUUUUAAAAGAAAGUAUUAGUGAAUCAAGUCAAAAUGGGACUGAAAAUUAUAAUCCUUUCCAACAUAUUCAUUUAACUAGAAGUUGGUGGGCUAGUAGUUGA